AUGGCAACUGAAGAGAGAGUAAAAUUAUUAAUAGCUGCCAGAAAAGGAAUUUAUGAGGAUGUCGUUUCUUUGUCUAAAUUGCAAAUUCCUUUAGGUGAUUAUAUUCAACCUCCACAUAAUAGGACAGCCUUUUGGUAUAGUUGUAGAAAUGGUAGCCUAAAAAUGGCAAAAAUAAUUUUGAAAAAAGGAAGUAACAUAAAUCAUAAAGAUAUUAACGGAAUAUCUCCAUUGCAUAUUUGUGUUAAGCAUGGGCAUUUGAGUUUAGCAAAAUUCCUUCUUGAAAAUAAUGCAAAUAUAAAUAUAAAAGAUAAUGAUGGACAAACUCCUAUAUUUUACGCUAUAAUAAAUAGGCAUUAUGAUAUUGUUAAGCUGUUAAUAGAAAAUGGUGCUGACGUUUCAAUAAAAGACAAUAAUAAUGCAAGUGUUUAUGAUUAUGCAGAUUUUACUGGGAAAACAAAAUUAUCAACCUAUAUAUUAUAUAAAAGUAAUGAGUUAAUUGUUAAAAAUACACAAUAUUCAUUAAAUAAGGAUUAG